UUUGGCUUUUGUGGCACAAUGCUCCUGACCCGAAUUGGAAGUCAAUGGCCGCGGAUGACUCUGUCGCGCGUCGUCGCAUCUCUCCAGCCGCACGCAUCCCGCUUGCCAUACGUUCGUAAGUCACUUUGCCUUGCAGUCUCGCAUCGAAGCGCGUCGGGAACGGCAGCGAUCGAGUCGAAGCACUCGACCAAAAAGGCGUGCUGUCAUUCUGAAUCCGUUCCACAGCAAUCGGCACAAUCCGCGCACUCCGCCCAGCCAGUGCCGCCAAUGCAGCCACACCUCAAUCCGUCGCACUCGCAUGCACCUUCGCUGUCAUCGUCUGGAGUGGCCUCAACAACAACAACAACAACAACAACGUCGUCCAUGCUGACCACGUCAUUCUGGUCGCACGUCCCAUCGUGGCGCACUGCCGCUCUCAAUACAAGCCGCUGCCUCGUGUUUUGCAGCCUGGGCGAUCUGUCUGCGCUCUUCUACAUGCAGUCCCAGCACAUUGAGAGCAGUCCGCUGGUGAUGGCGGUCUCAAUGGCCGCCGGAUUGCUCACCUCGUUUGGCGCUGAGACAAUUCUGCUGAAACGCAACCAAUCCGUGAGCAGCUGGUCCCAAGCCGCCAAUCUCGCCGCCGGAAUGAGCCUCAUUUCCAUGCUCGUCAUGGAGGCCGCCAUGAAUAUUGUGGAUGUGCAUCUCACGGGUGGGCAUGUUCACCUCGACCGGCCCGAAUGGUGGCUUUCUGUCGCUGUCGCAUUAGGUGCCGGCUUUGUGGCGCCGCUCCCGUACACUUAUGCUCGAUUGCGCAAACUGGGCAAAUCGUGCCACUAAAGCGAGAUGUCAAUAGCAUGCACUAUGUGGGGUGGGUUGAUUGUAUUUCUACAACUUGCCAUCCCAAAAAGUUCCAGACAAGACCAAAAGAAGCAACAUGAAAAUAGAAAAGAAAGAUUUCAAAUCAUC